GUAGGUCUUUCCCGUUUAGAAAAUGAAGUCAUCAAAAUCAUAAAUUUGAGUGUGGGUGCUUCAAAAAGAAGCUUAAAACAACUUAACGAGCUCUUUCUUUGUACUUUGGAAACGAUCGUGUGGCGUAAGAGUAAAAGGAUAUGAAGGGCGGCGAGGAAUUAGGCAUGAGCAGUAAUGGCAAAAGCGAAGUGAAGAAGAUGACAAAACCCCCUUUCAGACUGGCCAAAGAUGACACAAAGCCACUUCUUCAAGACCCAAUACUGAGAUCAGACCCAAUUGAGACUGAGGAAGCUCUGUUGCGGUUGCCUCCUUUUCCAAUUUCUAAACCCAAAUCUCAAACCCAGUGAUUUUUUUUAAAUUUUGUAUCUGAUAUUACUCAAUUUAUUUGGGCAAAAAUUGUGUUUCUUCUAUGAAAUUUGAGUGUUCCGCAAAAUCCCUUUUUACCCAAUGUAGAACAACUGUAUAUUCUCUGCACAAAAUAUUACUAGUCCUUUGAUUUCUCU